AGCAGGAACAGUGAGCCAUCAGUCAAAAAUCCCAUCUUGUCUGAAAGUGCCACAAUCUCUGUCAAUGUGCCUGUAGCUCCAGCUUCACCUCAUGACCAACCUCCCAAACCCCAGCAACGCACCUGCCAAAGCAGACCACCCUCCUCUUCAGCAAACAUCAGUCAGGGACAACAAGGGACAAAGUCUCAAAGCAAGGAAAAGGAUGACAUCAUCAUCCUGUGCGACUCUAAUGGGAAUCAUCUGAACCCCAGACGACUUUUCCCUAGAAGACAAGUCAAGAAAUUUUGGUGUCCAACGACACACACAGCUAAGGACAUAAUACAAAAAGGCUUACUCAAUAAUCCAUCUCACAUAAUUAUCCAUACAGGGACUAAUGACCUUAAAGACAGGAGAACUGAUGUGGCAGAAGCCUUAAUCAGCACCAUCCAAACUGCCACACAAAACAUCCAGAUGCAAAGCAUGAGCGAUGGGGUCUUUGGGCAGCAGAUUUCAGAGUACAUCUACACGACCGACUGAAGAGGUGUCGGAGGAGGUCUGUGAAAGGAAAGGGCAUGGUUGUGAAUGCAGAAAGAGAAAGCGGACCUCGCACUGUGAGUGUGACAGUGAACCAGAGGAAGAUGACAGUCUUCUGGACACCCCUCGCAGGAAAAAGUUAAAGAGCACCUCAAAAUACAUUUACCAGACGCUCUUCUUGAAUGGGGAGAACAGUGACAUUCGUAUAUGUGCAUUGGGUCAAGAGUGGAAUCUGCAUAAAGUAUAUUUGUGCCAGUCUGGAUAUUUCUCCAGUAUGUUUAGUGGAUCUUGGAAGGAGUCAAACAUGAUGGUCAUCGAGCUGGAGAUUCCAGAUCAGAACAUUGACACUGAAGCCCUGCAGGUUGUGUUUGGUUCUCUCUACAGGGAUGACGUCCUGAUCAAGCCUAGCAGAGUGGUCAGCAUUCUGGCAGCAGCGUGUAUGCUGCAGCUGGACGGAUUGAUCCAGCAGUGUGGCGAGACAAUGAAGGAGAAUGUCAGUGCCAAGACGGUGUGUGGCUACUACGCGGCCGCCAGCAUCUACGGCCUGGACUCAGUCAUGAAGAAAUGCCUAGAGUGGCUCCUCAAUAACUUUAUGACCAAUCAAAACGUGGACCUCAUGAAAGAGCUGGGGGUGGACGUGAUGGAGCAGCUCAUCCAGUCCUCCGACCUGUUUGUCAUGCAGGUGGAAAUGGACAUCUACACCGCUCUCAAGAAGUGGAUGUUCCUGCAACUCAACCCGUCCUGGGAAGGGCCCCUCAAGCAGUUGCUCCCUGAUGCAGAGAACUGGCUUUGCAAACGCAGGACUGACCUAGGAGAGGAGGAGCCUUUCCUGAGCACUGAGGAGGGCUCGCCCUACGCUCCUGUCUUCCGUCAUAUUCGCCUGCAGUACAUCAUCAACGACCUGUCCUCUGCACGCAUCCUGGAGAGGGACAACAUCCUCCCGCCAGACUGGCUCUCGGCUAUGUACAAACAGCAGUGGUUCACCAUGCUGAGGACGGAACAUGACAAUGACCACGGACCUCAGGAAGCGAAUAAGGAGGAGUUUGAGCUGAACAGUAUGCGAUGUGGGAGGAAGCUGAGUAAAGAUGGUGAUUAUUGCUGGCGGUGGACGGGCUUCAACUUUGGCUUUGACCUGCUGGUGACCUACACCAACCGCUUCAUCAUGUUCAAGAGAAAUACCCUGAGCCAACCAUGCGGGGGCGCUGUUAGCCUACAACCACGAAGACACCUGGCGUACAGGUUACGGCUGGCUUCCUUUGACAACAGUGGUAAACUGGUCUGCAGUCGGAGCACCGGCUACCAGCUACUCACCCUGGAGAAGGACCAGGAGUAUGUGGUGAUGAACCUGGACAGCCGUCUCCUGUUCUUCCCCCUGUACGUGUGCUGUAACUUCCUGUACACCUCGCCCCAGUCCGAGCGCCGCAUGGAGGCCCCGGAGCCCGAGAGUAGCGCUCGGAGCGCCUCGUGACCGUCCGUCCACCCCCACCGUCCACCCCCAUUGCUCCCAUCAUCACUCACACGCCUUAUCAGCUCAGCGUUUUAAGUCUUGUUUUUUUAUUUUGUUUUUAUUUGGCGGAUUGCUCCUUUGAAUGGGCAUCAACUCUUUUUAUUAUCAUUUGCUUGUUUUUUUUUAAGAACUUUAUUUUAAAAAACAAAAACAAAUCCAAUUGCCAAUAACAAAUCAACACACUUGCGUGUGCUUUGGGCAGCUACAUGGAUCUGGAUUGCUUUUCUUCUAGAACAUUCUCAGUGAGGCCAGCUUAUAUUUUUACACGCCUUUCUUUUUUUGUGUGUGUGUGUGUGUUGUCACUUGAUGUGUCAUUCCUAUUUAUGCUGGUAUUGUUUUGUCUCUGUAUGCGAGGUCAAGUGAGGUGAGUUGAGUGUUGUGCGUCGUGAUGCUCUGUGCUGAGGAGUUUGUGUUCAACAGAGCUGUGUGCUGCCUCCUCUGCGAUUGUGUGUGUGUGUGUGUGUGUGGGGGGGGGUCAGUCCCCUCUGGUGCUCUUCUGACAGGUAAGCUGAAACGGCUCACGUGAAACUCAAGGUGGGGGGGCUAGAACAAGCCAUGUUUCAGUCUCUCUGGUCAUCUGCUGAGGUAUUUUAUGCCCCCCUCUUCUGAUGUAGCGGUAUUCUACUGCCCUGAUGUUACGAGGGCAUAUUUGGCUCCCUUCAGGUGUGUGUGUUUGUGUGUGUGUGUAUGGGGGGGGGGCAUAUUUGGCCCUCCUCUGAUGCAAAUGGGGCAUCUAUGGGCCCUCUUUUGAAGUACGGGGGUAUUUUAUACCCCUGUUUAGAUGUGGCGGGGCAUUCUACUGUCCUCCGAUGCAAAAGGAGCAUCUAGGGGCCCUCUUUUGAUGUACCAGGGGUAUUUCAGACCCCUACCUGGAUGUUACAGGGCAUUCUGCUGCCCUCCUUUCAUGUAAUAUUUAUGCCCUCCAUAUGUUGUUAUGGGGUAAUUCACAGUUGUCCAGUGAUGUUUUGUCUUACAUUUGUGAACAUUUCUACAUCAUGCAGACUGCUGACCCUUGACUGAAAAAGUUGAGUCGUGAAAUUUCAAAGUUGAGUCGUGACAUUCGGACCAAAACGACACUGGGCAGAAGACAUUGCCAAAUGUCCAUUAAAUAUACAACUAACCAGC